UUCCCUAAUCACGGCGCAGAAACAGGAGAGGCCACAUCGCCCACCACCCCCCACGCCCGCGGCGCGGUUGAUCCGCUAAGCGCUAACAACGGGCGCCCGCCCUCCGCCGCCGCCCCCGCUCCCGCCCCGCCCCGCCCGGCCUCCGGUUCCCGAACCCCCACUCCUCCUCCCUCUCCGCUCGCACACACCCGUCGCUCCUCUCUCGCUCCCUCCCCCUCACCCGCCUUCGCAUCCCCGCAAGGAAUAUCCCUUCCGUGGCGUCCCUUGCUUCUUCCCCACCCCACCUUGUAUUAGUGCGUCCCUCUACCGCUUAAUUUCCCGGUCUCUCUGCGCUCUUUCGCCGUCUUGGAUCUUGGUCGCCUCGGCUGGUUCGUAGGAUAGUCAACCAACAUAGAGUUCAUGUUGCCUGAUUACCUUAGUUGCUACUGUGUGGUUUAAGGUGUUGUCCAACUUCAUUCUGGAUAAAUUAGGUCGCAGGAGGACUUUAAAAACUAGCUGCCUGCUGUUUGUUUUUUCUCCUUCAUUCUUGUGAACUCAGCUUUCAGAAGCUUGUUUGCAAUAUGUCUUACACGAACUGUUUGAAGAAACAUCCCCAUAGAAUCUUCUUUCGAUAUGGCAACUCCAUCCUCAGAGCUUCUUUAGAGAAAGGCUCCCCACAAAAGUCACUUAUGGACUAUAGCACUUUGCUCCAUUUCACUGCUUUCUUCCCUGAUUACAGAACUUAUGCUCUCCUUCUCAGAGCUUGUGCAAAAUGCUCUGACCUCUAUGCUGCCAUGGAAAUCCAUUGUCAUCUCACUAAAGUUGGGUUGCUAUCUGAUCUGCAUAUAAUACCUCCUCUGUUCAAGUUAUAUAUUGCCCAUGAUCACAUGUUGGAAGCACGUGAACUAUUUUGGUCAAUGCUGGAAUGGAGUACCGAUCCCUUUCAUGGCAAUCUGAUGCUCAUGGGAUUCUUGAAGAGCGGUCAGCUAGAUAAGGCGUAUCAGAUUUUCAAGAGGAUGCCUGUCAAGGACUUGGUCUCUUGGAAUUCUAUGAUUGCAGGUGCUGUAAGGAGCUCACACCUGAAAGAAGCAAUGUAUCUUUUUAGCAGGUUGGUCAGUUCAGGCCUUGUGCCUGAUUGCUUCUCAUUCUCCUCAGUUCUGUCAGCAUGUGCUCGAGCUGGUGCUCGCCGGUAUGGAGUGUGGGUGCAUCACCUGAUGACUGAACUGGGGGUCGAAAUGAAUCAUAUCUUAACUUCAGCUCUUGUUGACAUGUAUGCCAAAUGUGGAAGAAUUGAUGUGGCAACUGAGAUAUUCAAUAAAGUCAAGAGAAACCAUAUUUCUGUCUGGAAUACAAUGAUUAGUGGCUUGGCAUCGCAUGGUCUUGGAUCUGAUGUAGUGAUUUUGUUCCACAAGAUGAAAAGUGAAGAGCUGGUUCCUGACGGGGUUACAUUUGUUGCACUCUUGACAGCAUGCAGCCACUGUGGCAUGGUUGAAGAGGCUCGCCAAUACUUCAGAUCAAUGACUACAGAGUAUUCUAUCACGCCAGAGGUUGAGCACUACGGUGCAUUGGUGGAUACGUUGUCGCGAGCUGGGUUGCUGGAUGAGGCAUACAAGUUGGUAAUGUCGAUGAAUGUAAAGCCUGAUGUUGUGAUAUGGAGGGCAUUACUUAGUGCAUGUCGCAGAUAUCGCCAAACAAAAUUAGGUGAGGUCACUAUUGAGCAUAUGGCAUGCCAUGGCAGUGGGGAUUAUACCCUUCUUUCAAACAUGUAUUCAUCAGCAAAUAGAUGGAAUGAUUCAGAGGAAGUUUGGAGACAGAGGAAACAAAAGAAAAUUAGGAAGAGCAAAGGCUUGAGUUGGGUUGAGUUAGGGGGAAGCACCCAUGGAUUUAAAGCUGGUGAUAGAUCUCAUCCAGAUACCGAGGAUAUAUACCUAGUGCUGCAUGGAUUAUGUAAAAGAGCUAAGGUUGAAGGUUAUGCUCCAUUGACUGAACUAGUAACAAAAGAUGUCUCAGAGGAGGAAAGAGAAGAAAACCUUACCUUCCAUAGUGAGAAGCUAGCAGUGGCUUAUAGUGUCCUGAAGACUGGUCCAGGGACAGAAAUAAUGGUUUCAAAGAAUUUGCAGAUUUGCAGUGACUGUCAUGAAUGGAUGAAGAUAAUCUCAAAGGUACUUUGCCGUGUUAUUAUUAUAAGGGAUAGAAUUCGAUUUCACCGGUUUGAAAGUGGAUGCUGCUCCUGCAAGGAUUACUGGAGUAGCAAUACCUUUGAUGCCCCAUUCAUUCUGUUUCUGCAAUGUCCUUGUCUUCUAUUUGCUCUUGAGCAGCUUAAAUCACUUCACUGCUACAAUGUUGAGGAAGAGUUUUCUGGGGUCAAGACCGAAUGGCCUGCAACUAUCCUUGUUUUUGAUAUUGAAACUACAGGCUUCUCACGCCGUGAGGACAGAAUUAUUGAGUUUGCUGUUCGUGAUCUUAUGGGGGGAAAGAAUAGCACUUUCCAGACACUCAUAAAUCCCGAGAAAGAAGUGAGAAAUGCAUAUGUUCAUGGUAUUAGCAACAGCAUGCUCUGCAGACCUGAUGUUCCAAGAUUUGGAGAGCUUGUUCCCAUUCUGCUACAAUAUGUGUGGAGUCGUCAAAUGGACGGCAAACCAGUUCUUUGGGUUGCUCAUAAUGGGCGUUCCUUUGACGUACCCUUUCUCAUCUUUGAGUUCCGACGGUGUAAAUUAGAGAUGCCUGGUGAUUGGCUCUUUGUAGAUACUCUUCCUAUCGCAAGACAAUUGGUCGAUUCUGAUGGGUCAAAACUCAGUUCUGUGUCAUUGAAGAACCUGAGAGAACGCUAUAAUAUCCCACUCACAGGCAGCGCGCAUCGUGCCAUGCAGGAUGUGACAACCCUCUGUUAUGUGCUUCAGAAAUUGACCUUUGAGCUGAAACUAACUGUUCCUCAGCUGCUCGAGAAGUCUUUCCAAGCAUCUGAUCUUCCAGCGACUCGUGCUGAAAAGUAACUGUAUCGGCCUCACCGGGAAGAUCGUCUGAAGCACUAAAUUAUUCCAUUGUUGUUGUAUUAUUACAAAGAUGUUAUUUGGAUAUCCAUCUCUGAUUUCUUCGAAUGUUCUUUCUAACAACCUAAUAAAGCCAGCCUGAUUGUCACUGAUACAUCAGUAGUACAGUAAUCCGUAUUACUGAUACUCUGCCCUUGUAGGCUUGUAUACAUUACUAAAUCAUCAAUUCAACAUAUAUUUACUUGACUGCAAA